CCUAAAGGGGGGGUCGGGGGGUAAAGCAUUAUAAAUAGCCCUUCCAGAGGCAGCGUGUCAAUGACUGCGAGGUAGCCACCAUGUUGUUUUGGCUUCUGCUUCUGCUGGUGCCGCUGGCUGCUCGCUCCUCCUCGGCUGGGCCUCGGCUCGCCAAGGAUAAAGACAACAGGCUGCUCGCCGAGAAGUACCUCCGGCGCUUUUACGGCCUUCCGGUUGGUCUCCAAAGCCAGAAGAGGACGGCGGGAGACUUUGCAUCCAAGCUAAAGGAAAUGCAGAGGUUCUUCAACCUGGAGGUGACGGGCAGUCUGGAUGACAACACCUUAGACGUAAUGAGUCAGGCAAGAUGCGGCGUGCCGGACCUUGGCGAAUACAACCACUUCCCUCGGAACCUCAAAUGGGAAAAUAAUAUUGUGACCUUUAGGAUUCUAAAUUACACUCCGGAUCUGAAGAGGUCCGACGUGGACCGAGCCAUCCGGCACGCUCUCAACGUGUGGUCUGACGUGACGCCGCUGACCUUUAAGAAGCUGUAUUACGGCAAUGCUGACAUUAUGAUCAGCUUCGGGAGGAAAGAACACGGCGAUCACAACCCCUUCGACGGUCCUAACGGGCUGUUGGCUCACGCUUACCCGCCUGGGCAAGGCAUCGGCGGCGACACUCACUUCGACGAGGACGAGCACUGGAGCAAAGAUUCAUCAGCUUACAACUUGUUCAUCGUAGCUGCACAUGAGUUGGGCCACGCCCUCGGUAUGUCGCACUCCACCGAUUCAGGCGCCCUCAUGUACCCCAUCUAUUCGUAUGCCACGGGGUACCCGCUCGCUGAGGAUGACGUCAAAGGCAUCCAAGCCCUCUAUGGCCCCAACCCAGACCACAAGAAAGUCAAGCCGAAGCCGGACGCCCCCGAAAAAUGCGACCCCGCUUUGAGUUUUGAUGCUGCCACUGAGCUCCGAGGGGAAACCAUGAUCUUCAAAGACAAAUUCUACUGGCGCAUCCACCCUCAGAUGCACGAACCCGAGCUCACGCUGAUCAAGUCCACUUGGCCGUCCAUCCCCAACAAGGUGGACGCGGCCUAUGAGAACCCAGAGAAGGACCAGGUCAUCAUUUUUAGCGGUAUCCGCAUGUGGGCCUUGAACGGCUACAACCUUGUGGAUGGUUAUCCGAAAUAUAUCCACAAACUGGGACUUCCCAGGACCGUGAGGAAGGUGGACGCGGCUGUUUACAUCAAAGACACGGGAAAAACCCUCCUCUUUCAUGACGAGGAGUACUGGAGUUACGACGAGGCAAACGGAACCAUGGAUAGCGGCUACCCGCGAUCCAUAGAGACGGAUUUCCCCGGAAUGGACGACGAGGUCGACGCCGCCGUUUACCACUACGGAUUCCUGUAUUUCUUCCACGAGCACAAACAGUACGAGUACAGUUACAGGUCGAGGAAGGUCAUCCGCAUCCUGAGGAGCAACUUUAUUCUUGGCUGCUGAGGUCGGGGACGUCUCUCGAAAUACAUGCAUAGUAAAAUGGAAAUUAUGGAGUAGCGAAAUGAAAAUGUUUAUUGGCAACAGUGCUGGACACAGAAAUCUAGAGAAUUCUCAUCCUUGUGAGCAAUGAUAUUAUUUAUAUUUACCUUUUGGUUUAUUGUCUGAUUUCCUGGUUGACUCAGUUUUUGUAAAUAGAUGAUAAUUUGAUGGUUCAAUAAGGUCUGUGCGCUCUCAUGUAUGAAAAAAUUUGCAGUUGUAUUAUGAAAUGUAGGGAAAGGACAAAGAAACGGGAUCAAUCGUUAUCAAGAAGUCCCAUUUCUAGUGCUGUAAUUGUCGUUUGAUUUUAGUGCUAUUUAUUGACUGAUGUGAAAUAAAAGUGUUCAUUGAAUUUUCUUUGAACUUGACUAUUACUGAGGAACACCUAAUUUUCUUUUGUUCUAUUUUUUUUUUUUAAAAAACAAAGUAAAUAUUUGUUGUAACUGUAGAGGUUCUGCACGUUGCAAACAA